AAUUGCUUGAAUGCAGCAUAAGGGUGGGGACUACAUUGGUGUGGGCAUGUUGCUUCAGGUGCAGAAACUUGUACUGGACAUCAUGAAGCUGACUGUGCUGCUCUGUUCUGCCCUGCUGCUCUCUGUCUCUGUCCUCGCCCUGGAGAAUGAGCCUGUGACUCCGGACAGCGAUGAGAUGGUCACAGUGAAGCCUGGCUGUGAUAAGUAUAAAGAUGAAGUCUGUACCAGGGAGUAUGAUCCCGUGUGUGGCAGUAAUAAAAAGACCUACAGCACCGAAUGCAUCCUCUGCCAGGAAAAUAGAAAAAAGAACACGAAUGUGACAAUGUCAGGAAAAGGGCAGUGCUCCAAGUAACUGAAUGUGGAGCCCAGUGACACACACACACACACACACACAAACACACACACACACACA